CACUGCAUUGGCGCAGACAUCCCUACUCGCCCUUAAUCGCCUCUGUGGCUUUGCCGCAGUGUCCCUCACGCUGUGCUUUGCAGCGGUCGUGGGAGUCAUAGGAGGGACUCAGGGAAACCUAGAAAUGGAUUCAGUGACCUUUGAGGAUGUGAGUGUGAAGUUCACCACAGAGGAGUGGGCUCUGCUGGAUCUAUCCCAGAAGAAACUCUACAGAGAUGUGAUGCAGGAAACCUUUAAGAACUUGACCUCAAUAGGAGAAAAAUGGGAAGACCCUGAUACUGAAAAUCAGUAUGAAAAUCAUGGGACAAAUCUAAGCAGUCAUAUGGUAGAGAGACUCUGUAAAAAUAAUGAAGGUAGUCAGUAUGGGGAAACAUUUAGCCAAAUUUCAAAUCAUAAUCAGAAAAAGAAAACUGGAAUAAAACUAUGUGAAUUCAGUGUAUGUGGACGAAUCUUCAUGCGUCAUUCAUCCUUUAAUAGGCACAUGACAUCUCACACUACACCCAAACCACGUGAGUAUCAGGAAUAUGAGGAGAAGCCAUAUAAAUGCAAGGAAUGUGGGAAAGCCUUCAAGCAUCGUCAGUCCAGACAUACCCAUGAGAAGAUUCACACGGGGGAGAAACCCUAUGAUUGUAAGAAAUGUGGGAAGGCCUUCAAGCUUCGCCAGUCUAUUCAAAGGCAUGAAAGGAUUCACACUGGAGAGAAACCCUAUGAGUGUAAAAGAUGUGGAAAAGCCUUCAGAUAUCACCACAACUUUCAAAAACAUGAACGAACUCAUACUGGAGAGAAACCCUAUAGAUGUAAGCACUGUGGUAAAGCCCUCAGUUCUCUCAGAUACUGUCGAAUUCAUGAAAUAACGCACACUGGAGAGAAACCUUAUAAAUGUAAGCAAUGUGGUAAAGCUUUCAAUUGUCCCAGUUACUUUAUAAAACAUGAGAGAACUCAUAGUGGAUUGAAACCAUAUGAAUGCAAGCAGUGUGGUAAAGCCUUCAGUUGUGCCAGUUACAUUCGAAGACAUGAAAGGACACAUACUGGAGAAAAGCCCUAUGAAUGUAAAAAAUGUGGUAAAACCUUUAGUUGUUCAAGUUCCUUUCGAAAACAUGAGAGAACUCAUACUGGAGAGAAACCCUAUGAAUGUAAGCAAUGUGGUAAAGCCUUCAGUUAUUCCAGAUCCUUUCGAAGUCAUGAAAGGAGACACAGUGGAGAAAAGCCCUAUAAGUGUAAAAAUUGUGGUAAAGCUUUCAGUUGUCCAAAUUCCUGUCGAAAACAUGAGAGGACUCAUUCUGGACAGAAACCCUAUGUAUGUAAGGAAUGUGGGAAAGCCUUCAGUUAUCUUGCCAAAUUUCAAAGACACAUGAUGAAGCAUACUGGAGAUGGACCUUAUAAAUGUAAAGACUGUGGGAAAGUCUUUGAUUGUCCCAAUUACUUUCAUUGUCAUGAAAGGACUCACAGUGGAGAAAAGCCAUAUAAGUGUAAGGAAUGUGGUAAGGCCUUCAGUUUUCUAUGUUGUCGUCAAAUACAUGAAAAAAGUCAUACUGGGGAGAGGCCCUAUGAAUGUAAGCAAUGUGGUAAAGCCUUCACUUAUCUCAGUUCCAUUCGAAAACACGAAAGAACUCAUACUGGAGAGAAACCCUAUGAAUGUAAGGAAUGUGGAAAGGCCUUUAUUUAUCCCUCAAAUGUUCAAAGACACAUGAUAAUGCAUACUGGUGAUGGACCUUGCAAAUGUAAGGAUUGUGGGAAAGCCUUUGAUUGUCCCAGUUCUUUACAAGCACAUAAAAACACUCACACUGGAGAGAAACCCUAUCAAUGUAAAACUUGUAGUAAAGCCUUCAGUUGUCCCAGUUCUUUUCAAAGCCAUGAAAAAACUCAUAAUGGAGAAUAGCACUAUGAAUGUAAGGAAUGUGUGAAAGCCUUUAUUUUUCCCAGUUCAUUCCAAAUACAUAAAAGAGCUCACACUGGAGAGAAACCGUAUUUUUGCAAACAGUAUGGCAAAGCUUUCAGCACUCUCUGUUAUAUUCAGAUACAUGAAAGAACUCGUACUAGACAGAAACUGAAUGUAAGGAAUGUGGGGAAGCCUUCAUGUAUCACACGUUUCCAAGGACACAUGAGAGUGCACACUGGAGAGAAACAGUAUAUAUGUAAGGAAUGUGGGAAAGCCUUCAGUCCCAUUUCCUUGGAAAGCCACGAAAGAACUUGCACUGGAGAGAAUUGUAUUGAAUGUAAACUAUGUAGGAAAACCUUCACUUGCCCCACAUCCUUACAAAACUAUGUGAAAAUGUACAUGCGGGGCUUCCCUGGUGGUGCAGUGGUUGAGAGUCCGCCUGCCGAUGCAGGGGACACGGGUUCAUGCCCCGGUGCAGGAAGAUCCCACAUGCCACGGAGCAGCUGGGCCUGUGAGCCAUGGCCGCUGAGCCUGCGCAUCUGGAGCCUGUGUUCCUCAAUGGGAGAGGCCACAACAGUGAGAGGCCCGCGUACCACAAAAAAAAAAAAAAAUGUACACGCGUUAGAAACUUUGUAACUGAAAAAUUAGGGAAACUUUUCAAUUUUAACAAAUAUUUUCAAAGUCAUAUGAAAACAGCACUGGAAAGAAAUUAUCUCCAUGUAAGUACUAUGGGUACGCUGUCUGAAAAUUCACAACAUGAAAGAAAUGUUAUAAAUUUUCUUUGUAAUUGACUCAUUCUUAAAGUGAUUCUCUCUAGUAUGGAUUUCUAAUUUGUUUUCAAAUUACACAUUGAAGUGAGAUAAUUUUGUAGAUACUCAUUAAGCAAGAGUUCCUUAAAAAUUAAUAGGUAGUCUUUUAGUUAUUUAGUAAUUUUUUGUGUGUCUAUUUUGAAGUCUAUUGGAACCAUGAAUUGAAGUUUAUUUCUAGUAUGCAAGUAGGUUUAAUUUUUACCUAAUUUUGUAAGUUAUAUGUAAGGAAAAGAACAUUGAAAAAUGCCGGUUUGGUUUUUUUUUCCUACUGGCUUCCUGUGGCAAGUACUGGAUAUGCCUUAUUCAUUUUAUAUAUUUAUAUAUAUACAUAUAUAUAUAUAUAUAUUCCAUCUUAUUUAGCAGAAAACUAUCUUUUUAUUGCCUAAAGAUCCUUAUUCUAUUUUCCAUGGAAUAUAUAAUUGCUAUAUACUUGUAAGUAUGCAAAGUUUAUCAUAGCGCAGUCUCUUGUGAAUUAUCUUCAUCUUUUGUCCUUUACACUUUGUCAUUUCUUUUGGUUGGGAUUUGGACUAUGGAAUUUACAUUAAGAAGAGAGACGGGGCUUCCCUGGUGGCACAGUGGUUGAGAGUCCACCUGCCGAUGCAGGGGACACGGGUUCGUGCCCCGGUCUGGGAGGAUCUCACAUGCCGCAGAGCAGCUGGGCCCAUGAGCCAUGGCCGCUGAGCCUGCGCGUCCGGAGUCUGUGCUCCACAACGGGAGAGGCCACAACAAUGAGAGGCCCGCAUACUGAAAAAAAAAAAAAAAAGAAGAGAGACGUGUGAAAGGGCAAUAAAAUUUAGAUUUGGCAAUGUCCCUUGAUCCUGUUAUAUUAAUGUGAGUAACAUGAACUACAUUUUCUAGAAUGUGUUGCCUUAUGAUCCCAUGUGAGAAGUCACCAAAGCCUAACUUACAUGAAACUUGGAAUGCAGAAAUGAAGUAUGAUUUAGUCAGGUUUUGAAGUCACCUGUAUGGAAGGAAACAGAAGCAUAGGGCCUUUGUAGACACUUGCUUCCAGCCCGUUUUCCACAUUAUUUUCCCUAUCAGUCAAGUAUAUCCUCAAAACCACCAUAGACUGCUUGACUUCCACUUGAUCUGAGCUGUAUGCUUCUACAGUUGUCCCCAAAUUCAACAUUAAAGAUCCAAUACAGUUUGGAUUUUCCUGCAAGCUCUCAUGUGUCCACCUUGUAAGAAAUUUAGACUGUCAUGGUUAAGAAUAUUCUCUGAAGCACUGAGUGCCCUGUUCUCUAGAUCUUAUUUGUAUAAGGUCUAAUUUGUAAGCACCUUGUUCUGUUUAUACUGCUCCUGACUAUGUGCUCCCCAUUCCACUAUGACAGUUACAGUGGUACAGUCCAAAAGAACUACAUGAGAGUUUGUUCCUCUACUGCACUGCGCAGUGACUGCUCUGAUGCAGUCCUUCUGUGUAGCAUCAGCACCUUCCUCAUAUCCGGCAGGUUCUGUGUGUUUCCUGUUAUUCAUAGCUGAGUGUAAUCCCUAAUAUGUCUUCAGUCACGUUUUAUUGUAUUUAACUUAAAGUGUGGGGCUUCCCUGGUGGCACAGUGGUUGGGAGUCUGCCUGCUGAUGCGGGGGACGCGGGUUCGUGCCCCGGUCCAUGGGGAUUCCAUGUACCGCGGGGUGGCUGGGCCCGUGGGCCAUGGCUGCUGGGCCUGCGCGUCCGGAGCCUGUGUUCCGUGGCGGGAGAGGCCACAACAGUGAGAGGCCCGCGUACCGCAAAAAAAAAAAAAAAAAAAAAAAUGUACAUUUUCAUGUCAGGACUCAGCCCACCCACCAGCAGUGUUGCCAGUCAUCUCCACAAAUUAAAAUCUCAUGGGUGCAAAUUAGACACUGAUGUCAAGGAGAAAGGGUUCAGUUAAGAAGGUGGAACCACCAUGGGAGGAAUCAAUGAGGUCUAGGGGAGUAUGAGUCCACAACUGGAGAAAUUAUAAAAAUAACUAGCAAAAUCGAUUUUAUUUUUUAUUUAUUUGUUUAAUUUAUUUACUUUUGGCUGCGUUGGGUCUUGGUUGCUGCACACGGGCUUUCCCUAGUUGCGGCGAGCGGGGGCUACUCUUGGUUGAGGUGCACAGGCUUCUUGUGGUGGUGGCUUCUCUUGUGGAGCACAGGCUCUAGGCGCACGGGCUUCAGUAGUUGUGGCACGCAGGUUCAGCAGUUAUGGCUCACGGGCUCUAGAGCGCAGGCUCAGUAGUUGUGGUGCACAGGCUUAGUUGCUCCGCAGCAUGUGGGAUCUUCUCAGACCAGGGCUUGAACCCAUGUCCCCUGCAUUGGCAGGGGAUUCGUAACCACUGCCCCACCAGGGAAGCCCCCCAAAUAGACUUUAAAGCAAAAAAUAUAUAAUUAGAGAUAAUGAGGAAAAUUAUAUCAUGCCUAAGGAGUCAAAGUUUAUAGUUUGCAUCUAAAAUAGUACAUAGAAAUGUUUCUAUUUGCAAUUAAUGCCUAUGUUAACAAGAGAUCGCAAAUCAAUAACCUAACCUUUUACCUUCUUGACCUGAAACAAAUAGACUACAAGAUACUACUCUAGCCAAGGUGAGUUUAUUGAGGAUCAGCGGAGCACUGCAACUCGUGGUCUGCAACAUGGUGAGUCACAUUGCAGGUUCCUGCACAGCAAGGGAAGGUGAACACUUGUGUAGAGCAGAAAAGAAAGUUGGAAGGGCUGUAAUAAACAGAGCAUCAGUGACUUCAUUGGCUGAGUCCUUGCCAGGAAAGAAGCGGUAUCUUUCUUCUUUCCUGUUGGGCUCCACUGUCAUUGCAGGAUGUGAGCGCUCCCCCUUGUGGUCUGCCCACUCUAUUUGAGGUUUCUGUGUAUUCAUUUUUUCCAUUUUCCCCUUUUGAUGAAAAUCUUUCUCUGAAAGCAUCGUUGAUCAAGAGUCAGGUUUUCUAUAUAGUUUCAGCAGCUUUUUCCCCUCAAUGUCAGGGUUUCCUGGGUUUAGUAUCUCAUGUCAAAGGGAAAGUGACCAGAUAAGAAACCUACUAAGGUCACAUUUGAGUAACAAGAAGGGGUAAGAGAGAGAACCUUCAGGCACUUUUUAUCUAGUCCAUAUGUUAUUAAGAUAAUAAGCAUUGGCUAUCAUCUGAAGAGUUAUGUCAUCAUCAAGGGUUUGGCAACAAACUUCCAGCAGACUUGGUCCUGAUAUCUUGGGAAAGCUGUCUCAUCAAAUCUUGUCUGCUUCAAUUCUGGGAAAUCUUUACUUGCAAGUCACCAGAUGAUGUGCAGCUCCAGUCAGGGUUUGAUGUUUUCUUUAGGUGUGUCAUAGAUGUGUCACGUGAAUCCAAGAGUCCAUUCCUUGGAAUCUGAUGGCACAAGGGUUGGUCAGCAGUACUUGAUAGGGGUGUUUCCAAUGAGCUUGAAGAGAGUUCUUCUGGAGGUGUAUUUUUGAAUAAAUGAAAUCUCCAGGUUGCAAGAUGUGAUACUUAAAGGUCUUUGUUUCCCAAGGGUACACUGUGAAAAGACUCUUCUACCAAAACAUGAUUACUUUUCAUAGAAACAAUUAGGCCUUUGCAAUGUUGGAGCAUCUCCCCUUUUAUCAGUUGUGGGUCAAAAGAAGCAGUAGGUCAAGUGCGUUGGGUGUCCUGUGACUGUCUCAAAGGGUGAGAGUUUAUGAGUUCCAAAAGGGGUGGGUCUGAGAUUUAGAAGAACUAACGGCAGUGCGUUUGGUCAAGGUAUUUGUAGGACCUCAACAAAUUCUGCCAAUUGAGUCUUAAUACCAUUAGUGUGUUUGACUAAACCAGACGAUUGAGGGUGGUAAGCACAGUGACAGUGUUGCCUGUCAAACAGCAGAGACUUGUCAAAGCACCUAACCAGUAAAGUGGGUUCUUCAAUCACUGUGAAAUUUGAGGAGUUCCCCUGGUAGGGAUAAUCUUUUCCAAAAGGAUUUUAGCCACAGUAGAGGCAGUAGCAUGUCUGUAAGGGAAGGCUUCAGUCCGGUAUGGAAACAUAACAGACCAUGUCUUAAACAUAUUUAUAUCCAUUAGACAGGAAGUUGCAUGAAAUCUAUUUGCUGGCCUCAAAUGGUUCAUUAGGCAGUUUUAUUUAUUUUUAUUUUUUAAUAAAUUUAUUUAUUUAUUUAUUUUUGGCUGCAUUGGGUCUUUGUUGCUGCACGUGGGCUUUCUCUAGUUGUGGUGAGCCGGGGCUACUAUUCAUUGCAGUGCACGGGCUUCUCAUUGCAGUGGCUUCUCUUGUUGCGGAGCACGGGCUCUAGGCAUGUGGGCUUCAGUAGUUGUGGCACUCGGGCUCAGCACUUGUGGCUCGUGGGCUCUAGAGCACAGGCUCAGUAGUUGUGGCAAAUGGGCUUAGUUGCUCCGCAGCAUGUGGGAUCUUCCCGGACCAGGGCUUGAACCCGUGUCUCCUGCAUUGGCAGGCGAAUUCUUAACCACUGCGCCACCAGGGAAAUCCCCAUUAUGCAGUUUUAAAUGUUUAUUGGCGAAACAGACAGGCUUCACUGGGCUAUGCUUUGGACAAGUGGGACAAGUGAGGUAGGCACUUUUUGUGGACUUGUUAAUGUUUCCCCACCAAUAUUGAGUGAUGAAGGAUAUCAUUUGGUCAGUUGACCAAUGGUUUAAUGCAUGGAUAGUGGUAAGGAGUGGGAAUUUUAGAAACUCUGGUAGGAAUGGAUUGGUAUUUUGUCCAAACAAGAGCUUUCUCUUUUUAUCAAACCAAAAGUUGUUGAAUUUCCAAUCUUGUUUUUCCUUUUCUGAGACCAAUUGUUGGGCCUGUCUAGCCAGUUUUUCUAAAUUAUUUGGGCAAAUAUCCCUUUGGUCUAUGACAGACAUUUGGCUGCUCUAGAUCCUUUUAAGGGCAGCAUUCCUUGCAGAAAUAUCAGCAAGGUGAUUUUCCCUAGCUUCAGAGAGUCAAAUUUAAAAUGCCUUUGGGGAAUUCCCUGGCGUGGUUAGGACUCCACGCUUCCACUGCUGGGGGGCAUGGGUUCAAUCUCUGUUCAGGGAACUAAGAUCCUACAAGCCGUGCAUCGCAGCCAAGAAAAAAAAAAAAACAACCCUCAGAAUCUUAAUAGCUAAUGCGGAAGGGGAAUUAUUGCAUUCAGUAAUUCCUGAACAUAGAGGCCAUUUUUAACUUUAUUUCCAUCGGAAGUAAGGAAGACACGUUGCUUCCACAGCAUUGCAAAAUCACGAGCUACUGUGAAAGCGUAUCUAUUAUCAGUACCAACACUGGCAGUUUUGUCCUUGGCUAAUGUACAAGCCUGUGUAAGAGCACGUAAUUCAGCCUGUUGGGUCAAAGCAGCCAUAGGUAAAGAUGCUGCCUCAACAACAUCAAAAGGAGUUGUAAUAGCAUACCCAGCACAGUAUUUGUCAUUGUCACCUUUUAAAUAAGAACCAUCAGUGAGGGCUUCCCUGGUGGCGCAGUGGUUGAGAGUCCGCCUGCCAAU